UAAUUAAUUCGUCAAUUUUAACAUUGACUGAGCAUCUGAAGCUUAUUAAUGACUAACGAUCCCUGAACAGCAAAUGGGCCGAUAUCUCCCCCCAGUUGUUUGAAUUACAUAAUCCAGACACCUAACAAGAUAGGGUGUACCUGUUUGGAAAAUAGGAGUGGGUGGGUCUUGAACAAAAACAGUGAUUGAAACUUGGAUUAAGAUGCAAUAAAACGUAUUAUUUAAAAAAAAGGUCAGUAAUAUUAGAAUCCGCAGUUUAUACUGCAACGUGUCUUGGUAACUGCGUUUUAUGGUGCCUGUCAGUGUUUUUGUUUUUUGCAGGGUAGUACCGCCCUUCCUGGUAGAGCUGUCACUCACCAGACAGAGAGCCUGGUUAUCCCGGCUGGAGGAGCGACGCCACAGCCCAGCAGCAGCCAUUCGUGGAAAAAUAGGACGUCCUUAUCCGAGCCUCAGCCAGCCUCUGAAUCCAUACCGUCCGGCCUUUUUUCUUAAACUACUCCUCUCUGUAUUUUUAUUAAUGCGGAAUGAGUGAUCAAAAGAAAGAAACGAUGGCGACAGAAGGAGGGAAAUCAUCUGUUGGGGAUUAUGGUAAAGGCAAAACUUCUGUAUUGCAGGACGCUCAACCCUCUCCUCUGGCACUGCUCGCCGCUACUUGCAGCAAAAUAGGAGGGGCUCCAGGUGAAAACCAGGCAGGACAACAGCAAAUUAUCAUCGAUCCCAGUCAAGGGCUUGUUCAGCUGCAGAACCAACCGCAGCAGCUGGAGCUGGUCACUGCGCAGCUUGCUGGGAACGCCUGGCAGAUUGUCGCAGCAGCUCCGGCGGUAUCUAAAGAUAACAUUACACAGCAAGGGGUUACAGUGGUCACCAGUGCAGCCGGCAGCAACCAUGACAGCAUCGCCACCAGCAAGGCUAAGACCGUCACCUCCAACAACGUUACAGUGGGGCAGCAGCAAUUCCAAGUCAUUCAGGUGCAGAACAUGCAGAAUUCGUCCGGCGGCGGCGUCCAUUAUCAAGUGAUUCCGCAGAUUCAGACUUUGGAUGGCCAGCAGAUCCAGUUCAGCUCUGCAAACCCCACAGCUCUGAACGUGCAGCACGACCAAAUCCAGUUCAUACCUGCAGGAAAUAACCAGGCCAUCAUCGCUACGCCAAACAGGGCGUCGUCUGCAAAUAUUGUCACCCAGAAUGUGGCGAACCAAGCGAUACCCAUUCAAAUCAGGCCGGGGAUGUCUUUCCCGUUGCAGUUGCAGACAGUUCCUGGCGCUCAGACUCAAAUGGUGACCACCUUACCCAUUAACAUAGGCGGAGUUACUUUGGCAUUGCCUGUGAUAAACAAUGUGGCCGCGGGAGGAGGGUCUCUCCAGCUUGUUCAGCCUACUGAUGGUGGGGUCUCUAGCGGGAAUCAGCCGGCUACCACGCCUAUCUCCAGUGCUGUCAGUAGCAUACCGGAAUCUCCCUCCUGCACAACCACUGCAGCUGCGACGCUAUCGGGCAGUGACACGCUUGUGAUAAACUCCGCAGAAGCUGGACAGUACACCAACGCCUCGUCCACUUCAGAAAGUGCAUCUGAUCAAGAACCCCACAGUGUCACGGGUAAUGAGCCUGAUGGGUCGAGCCCGGUUCAGGCUAACGGAUUGCAAACGGUUCAGGACCAGUCCAGUCAGAUUCAGCAGGUGCAGAUCGUGGGGCAGCCCAUGCUGCAGCAAAUACAGAUCCACCAGCCCCAGCAACAACUGAUACAGGGUCUUUCUCAACAGGCAAUUCAGCUCCAACCGGGGCAGACUAUUCAGACGAUCCAGCAGCAGCCUUUGCAGAACGUUCAGCUCCAGGCAGUGCAGAGUCCAACCCAGGUGCUCAUUCGGGCCCCGACCUUGACACCCUCUGGACAGAUUAGCUGGCAGACCGUGCAGGUGCAGAACCUUCAGAACCUUUCCAAUGUGCAGCUGCAGAACGCAGGAUUACCCCAACAGCUUACCUUUACCCCGGUGACUUCAAACGCGACCGGGGGCACAUUUGCCCAAAUCACACCUCUUGCUGUUGGAGGUACUCCCAUUACUUUAAAUGCUGCCCAGCUCACAUCGUUGCCCAACAUUCAGACCGUCAACAUUGCAAAUCUUGGAGCUGCCGGGGUUCAAGUACAGGGAGUUCCCGUCACCAUCACAGGUGUAACCGGCCAGCAGCAGAACCAGGACGGAGUGAAGGUUCAGUCAUCUCCAGUAACAGUAGCUGUGGGGAACAUUGCAAACGCAGCGCUCAGUGCUGUCAGCCCCGACCAGAUCACACAAGUGCAAAUUCAACAGACCCAGCAGGUCUCUGAUCAGGAGGGGCAGCCAGGCAAGAGGCUCAGAAGGGUCGCCUGCUCGUGUCCCAACUGCCGGGAUGGAGAAGGAAGAAACAACAGCGAGCCGGGGAAGAAGAAGCAGCACAUCUGCCACAUCGAGGGCUGUGGGAAGGUGUACGGGAAGACGUCUCACCUGCGAGCGCACCUGCGCUGGCACACGGGAGAGAGGCCCUUUGUGUGUAACUGGAUCUUCUGCGGGAAGAGGUUCACCAGGAGUGACGAGCUGCAGAGACACCGACGCACCCACACAGCAGUGUGCUGUGACACACUGACUUUCACACUGAGCAGCUACAAACCAAGGCUCCUUUUUGACCCUAUCAACAAUGAAAUGGAAAUGGCUUCAAGGUCCUUAGCCGGUGAGAAAAGAUUUGAAUGCCCAGAAUGUUCAAAGCGGUUCAUGAGAAGCGACCACCUUUCCAAGCACAUCAAAACUCACCAAAACAAGAAGGGUGGUGCAGCCCUGGCUAUCGUCACCACUGAGGACAUGGAGGACUCUGUGAACGAUGUCCUGGGCUCCCCGCGGAUUGUCACCAUAGCCUCGCUAUCCCAGGAUUCAAACCCAGCUUCCCCAAACGCAUCGAGCAACAUGGAUGAGUUUUAAAGAGGAUUUUCUAUACCUGGGUACCAUUUUGCACUCAAGGUUGCAUACCUUUCAAGAUAUGAAAGUGGACCGAAAAUAAAAUAAAAACAUGCACAUCAGAAGAUUUUAUUAUGGUAGAUUUAAAAUUAAAUAAAUGUAUAAUAACAGAUUCUAGUAAUACUGGCAAAUGCCUUUAAUACUAGUAAAAAUAAAUAAAUAAGCACAAUGAUUCAGAAUAAUCAUAUAAAUGCAGUGGGUAUUUCACUAUAAAAAAAAGUAUUUUUCAGUAUGGCAGAAAAUCUGUUUUUAUGCAAAACAGAGUUGCCAGUUUGCACCUCUUGAUUAACUAAAAUGUUUUAAAAUAAUUGACCUUGCUCUUCUCGCUGAAAAGGGAUCAGAAAGUUGAUGGUAACAUAAAGACAUACACGGGACAGGCCAGUAUGCCUGUACUAAAUGUCUUCUGUUUAGUUAACAGAUUACAGCUUUCUUCUUUUGUUUUAAAGAAUACUUGACCGUAAUAUCCGUAAAGAGCACACAAUGAAGAUUUUUACGAAACAGUACAUCUCCUUGAAAACAUCAGUGAUGUUCGGUUUUGAAGAGAACGUUUUUUAUUAUUAUUAUUGUUGUUUUUUUUAACAAUUUUUAACUUUACCUGUGAAUACUUCAAGAAAGCUAUAAAGACAAUCUUUUUUUUUAAUUAAAUCAUGUUUACAUUAGGAUUAUAAUAGAAGUAAUGAUCUCUUAUAUCACGUUUGUUAAUCGCUGCUUUGCUCACCUGAUUUUCAGCAGGGAGAAUCUAAUUUGUUUUGCUGUUGUAUCGAUUCUUCAGCAGCUCAGUAACCAUUCUAUGAAUUAUAUUGCCUUAAUAUACUGAAAAAGAUAGUUGUAAAUUAUUUUCUUCAGAGAAAGAAGUGUUCAGCUAUCUUGACUGCAUUCCCCUGUGACGAAUCGAUGUCCAAGGUAGCAUUCCGUGUCCACUAGUGUGUCUUCAAAGGAAUGUAAAAUAUAGUGCCCAAUUUAUACUGAAACCGCAGCAAACGGAUAACUGAGGAAUAAAGGCCACUUUAAUGGCAUUUUACUUUUUAUUCAUUCCUUUUUCUUGUUGCAUUUUAUGCCACUGCCUUGCUUUGUCUUAGAGAAGGCUAAUAUAGUCUCCACGUUUAUAAUAUAAAUAAUAAACUCCAGUGUCGUAGAUGUAAGUUCGUAAAUUCUGUUAGAGUUUGGUUAUGUUCAUAUAUUGGCAGAACUAGAUGACUGUAGUACUGAUUACUUAUUUAUAAUCAUUUCAAUAUUUGCCUUUGCAAAAUGAACAGCUAAAGUGUGUAUUGUAAGCUAUCUAUUACAUUUUCAGGAAAUUAUGGGCAGCAUGUUUAUAUAUAUAUUUGUUUGUUCUUUUUGGUAUUCCAAUGAUGUCUCAUAUUUUUUGCAUUGUGGUCCGUUUUAUGCAUAUAACCAUAUCAUAAAAAUUAACUUGCUUUCUAUUAUUAUUAUUAUUAUUAUUAUUAUUAUUAUUAUUAUUAUUAUUAUUAUGUGUAAUUAAAAAAGACAUGUUUAAAAACAGACUAAUUGAUUACAAACAGUGGAAAUGUGUAAUAUUUUGUGUAACAGAUAAUCUUCCUUAAUAUUUUCUAGCAGCAUCUCAUUUUUAAAUCUUUUUCUAAAACUUGUUUUUUGUUUUUGUCACCAUGAAGAUUAAUACAUUUUCCAGUUAAUCUUCAAAGACUACCGUUCUAUUGACAUUUGUAGAAUACAAAUUUGUAUAAAGUGUUUUGUGAGCAAAAAAAAAAAAGAACAUUUAGAAGUCAUUGCCUGCAUAAUGUUUGCAAGUGACCUAAUAAACCCCUUUUAAAUUGAA